AAGAAAGUUAUUCCGAGCCGAGUGUACACGAACAUGGCCGAGGACUGUGGAGCGAAAGUGAUUAUUUUGGACUAGUCGCUCAUUUUCAAGACGUGAUUCCAAACGGGCGCGUCACUCGGCCGCAGUGCAGUGCACAGCUGAGAAGGCAGGUUGUGGGAAGGUUGGGGAAGAAGUGUACGAGAAAACGUAGGGUUUUCCUGACGAUUCCGGAGAAGGUGCGAGCAACCACGGUUCAAGCAUGGAUCCCGAGGCAUUCCUGGACCUGGCCAACCAGGUUGUCAAGCUGAAAAUGUUUCCGUAUUUUGAUAUUGCUCACUGCGUCUUGUGUGCACUUCACGUCAGAGAAGAUCUAGGACCUGGUGCUCACGCCUUCUCCCGGAAACACCCGCUGUCAUGCUGGCUGUCUACAAUGCUGGUGGUGUUCGCGGGCGGGAUGGUGUGCAACGGACUGCUUGGGGAGCCGAUGCUGGCACCGCUCAAGAACACGCCUCAACUCCUGGUGGCAACCGUGGUCUGGUAUGUCGUCUUUUAUACCCCGUUUGACAUUGGAUAUAAAACUGCAAAAUUUUUGCCUAUAAAACUUGUUUGUGCUGCCAUGAAGGAAGUCUACAGGUGUAAAAAAGUGUACGAUGGAGUUUCACAUGCAGCAAAGCUUUAUCCAAAUGCAUAUGUCAUCAUGAUCAUAAUAGGAACUCUCAAAGGAAAUGGUGCGGGUUUCACAAAACUAUUUGAGCGACUCAUCAGAGGUGUAUGGACACCAACUGCAAUGGAAUUCAUGCAGCCAAGCUUCCCAACAAAGGCCUGCAUUGUUGCUUCGAUCAUCUUCGUGCUGGACAAGAAAACGGAUCUGAUCUCUGCACCACAUGCACUAGUAUACUUUGGGAUUGUCAUCUUCUUUGUUUACUUCAAGUUGUCAUCUGUUUUGCUGGGAAUACACGAUCCAUUCGUGCCAUUUGAGAACCUCUUCUGUGCGCUGUUCCUGGGUGGAAUCUGGGACUCGCUUGCCAAGCUGUUGGGCCGAGGCGGGAACAAGGAUGAGAAAACAGACACUAAGAAAAAGGAUUAAAAGACGAGCUGGAGUCAGGGAAGAAAAAAUAUAUACAAAUGAACCAAAACAAACCUAGUCAAAGAUCAACAUCAUACGAAUAAUUUAUGCAAGUGACCAACAUCAAAUAUCAAUCAGAUGUGAACUCACGGAAGGAUUUUUUUUAUAAAACUGCUGUGUUUAUUAUAGCAGACUUUAUUGACGUUUUAUGAUCGUACAUUUUUGUAUAUCCUAUUUCAAGUUACCAUUUCUAUAGUGCAAAAGGAAAAGCAAGUGAAAAGAGAAAUAGUUUUUAGCGGAUUUCUUCAGUGCUGUUCCAAGAUGAACCAAACUCUUGAGUGAUAGUAUAUAUACGUCCAAAUUGUUUAAAGCAUGCACGCUGUGAAAUCAAUGUUCCCAGGCUUAAUUAAGUGGGUGCAAUGGAGCUUGGCAUUGAUUUGACAGUGAUGUCAUGUUUAAGUUUUCUACAAAUAUUUAUUGAAUUUGCACACUGCAGAAGGGUAACCUUAUAUUUGAGUAAGUGCCUUGACCAAAGGCUAGAAAUAUUUGUGUUGGUUGUAUGUAUUGUGUGGUGGUGGUGUUUUAAGUGUGGAACCAUUUUGAAACUCAUCUUCUACAUACCAAAGGCACUAUUAAAGCGAGUAUUCACCCCAA